AUGAAGCCAGUGAACUUCCUAAACCGCUGCACUCGGCUCUUGUUAGGGGUCAUUAUAAUGGUAACCCAAGUCUGCGGGAUCACGCGGUUCUACUACGACUCCUGGAAAGGGCGCUUUCGGAUAUCCGCGACCCUGAAUAUAUACUCAUAUUUAAUAAUUAUCUUAUUAUCGAGUCUGUGGCUUGCAUUUGGUGUUAACUCCUUGAUUCGAAACCAGCCGGCAAAAGAUUUGUUCUUUUCCAUUAUUAUUCUAUUGUGGUGGUACAUGGUAGUGUUGGAUUGUAGAGGAAUUGUGCGGCAAAUGAACAAAAUACUGCACGUGCAACAUAAAUUGUCGGCAUUGGCACGAAGCCCAAAUGUUUUCCGGAUAAGAGAUCUCAUGUUUUUAAUCUUUGCAAUUCAAAAUGCAAUACGAUCCCUUUGUCUACAACGAAAUGUGCUAAGUUAUCUUGCACAUGGGUUCAUUAUCUUUCAGUUUACUUUGCACGGAAUAGCUGUGACUUAUCAGCUGCAGGUUACCAUCAAUAUAUGUCUAUAUGUGGUGUUGAUCGCCUCUUACAAUCAAUUACAUCGGUGCACGAAGAGGAUAUCGAAGGACGUUCUUAGACUUAGAAAUUCCCAAGUGCUGGAAAUCGGCCAAGUUUUGACUCUUGUAGAACAACUUAAGAAAUCUACUAAGGAAGUUAUUCGAUUGAGGUUGAAGCUACAUGGAAUCACCACGAAGCUCAUGAAAAUUUUUGAAUUCCAUUGGCUAUGCUUAUUGAUUUAUGGGUUCCUUCAAUUCGGAAUAUUUGAUCGCGUAACCCAGAACAUAUACUACGUUAUUGCUAUGUGUACUUUGUAUUUAACGUACAACUUUACACUCCUGAAGGUCCUGACCUUUGAAUCGCGGACCUCUAGAAGUUUUUCCCACUUUCAUUUGACUAACUACCACCAUGGAUUUGAUGCAACAGUGAGUAGAGAUUGA